CACACACGCGAGUUUUCACACCGGUGCUCCAUCCGCUUGCGGGGGCGUCUAUUUGUGUGGGAUAAACUGCGCCCCGGCUCCCCGAGCCGCCCCGGAGCGCUUUCUUUCCGUCAUCAGCACCGCACUUGUCAACAAGCUCCACACCUUUCCUCCACCUCCCCGCUCGGUCCACCUCCGUCCACCAGGAGGGAGACAGCACAGGCAGCUUUUAGCUCCCCCAUCGGCACGCUGAGCUGCAGGACUGUGAAGAAUACCAAGUCGUUUGGACAAACCUUAAAAGUGAGCUCUAGAAGAUUUCAGAAGAUGCUGGAUCGCUGUAACCGAACUGUGUCACUGCUGUUUGGAUGCCUGGCGUGUCUCGUGGUGACCUCUGUUGUAAAUGCAGACGGUCGAGUGUUCGUGCUGGACCUGAGGAACUCCUCCAGCCCGCACGGCUUCAGGGACGCCGAGCGAGCUUGUGCCUCGCGACACGCCCGCUUGGCGUCCUCGGCAGAGCUCCGUCACGCUGUGGUGGAGUGCUUCUUCUCCCAGUGCACCCGUGGGUGGCUCUACGGAGGCACGGUGGGGACCACAGUGUGUAAUGCUGCGGGCAGUGCACCGAAAGCAGUGGAUGUGAGGACAGAAAAUGCCACGGUGGACGGCGCGCACCUGGACGCCUUCUGUAUUAAGGACAAAGGCGUGCCAUGUGGGGACCCUCCAUCCUUCCCCUAUGCCCAUCUACAGGAGCACUCUGGAUAUGACAUGGGAGACGAGCUGCUGUACACUUGUGUGCCCGGUUAUGUGAUGCCCAGUGGGCGCAGUGCUUUCAGCCUGCUGUGCGACAGCUGUGGAGAGUGGUAUGGAUUGGUGGAGAUAUGUGUCAAAGACCAGACUGAAAGUCACAUAGAUUAUGAGGACAAGUUCCCGGACUCCUAUGGAGAGGCAGAGCCCAACAGUGACAGACCUGCGGAGGCUAAUGGUGAAGUGUACGAGGAGGUGCACGGAGCCGCCAACCCGGAUGGCAUAAUGAGUCAGGAGCAGCAAGAGACGAGCUUCAGUGAUGAAGAAGAGGAGGCGCAUCAAGACCAACAUGGAGAGCAUGACAUGGGGAGAGAGGAGACAUUUGAAGGAGCUGUAGAAGGGGGAGAAAAGGAGGAGGAACGGGCCGUUGAGGACUUUGUAGGCCAUCCUGUGUGGGAGCAGGAGAGGAGGGAGGUGGCUACAGCUGAUGCAGCUGCAGGCACAGACGCACCUGUCUCUAUUCUCUCCCAGAAACACCUCUUCUGGUUUCCCUCCGAGGCUUUCCAGGAAGAGGGACGCCCGGUGUCCAUCAGUCCAGUCACACAGGCUACACAGAGGGCCUCUGGUGCCCAAUCGGAGGAGAGUAAAGAGAACGAAAGCCAAGAAACGCACCACUACCAGCAUCCCAUUGAUGUUGAUGACCACAAUCAUGAUCCUAAGCCAGACAGAUAUGACGAUCAUGACACAGAUGGCAGAGAUGAUCGGGACGACAGCCACCACGAGGAUCCAGAUGACCAUGACAGCCAUCAAGACAAAGAUGACCAUGAUGACCAUAUCAAACAGUACAUUCCAGCUCCGCAUGAUGAUCUGGAUAGACGGGACAGCCAUGAAAGUUAUGACGAUCAUGAUGAUCAUGAUGACCACUAUGAUAUGGGUGAACAUGAGGAGGAACGUGAUCGCGAUCGUGAUCGCGUACGCUACGGCAGCCAGGAGUAUGAUGAUCGAGAUGACGCUUACCAUGAACAUGAAAGCUAUGAAGAUCAUGAAGAUGUGAGUGAGGAUCAUGGUGACGACGUUACAGAAGGUCAUGACAGCUCCAAGGAACAUCCAGGCCACGAUGGUCAUGAUGACCAUGAUGGCCAUGAUGAUCGUGAUGAUCAUGAUGACCAUGAAGACCAUGAUGACCGUAAUGAUCAUGAUGAUCACGAUGAUCACGAUGACCAUGACCUGGAGGUUGAUGGUAACGACCGGUACACUGAUCACGAUGAUCAUGAUGAUCAUGAACACGGCGAUCACGACCACGACGAUCAUGACACCUACGAUGAUCAUGACAGCCAUGAGAAUGUUGAUGACGGUCAUCAGCACGUCAUCCUUUCCAUAGCCAGAGAUGACAGUCAGAACGUCACACAGAGGGAAGAGGGAGUAAAGGCCACCACAGAUGACACCUGGCUGGACGGCUACCCCGUCGUUCAGGCGGAAGCAGAUAAUGGAGACUCUGCAACAGGAAGGGUAAGCUCAGAGGACAGAGAAAGGGGGACAGUUGUCAGGAUAACAGACAGACCAAACGAGGUGGAAAUUCGUAAACCUGUCCCUAACACCAGCUUACCUGAGGUGCCCGAGUCUACCACCGCUAAGCCAGCCAUAGAGCAAGGGGGAGUGGAGGAGAUUUGGCCUGACUUCAUCCCUACUGCUGCUCCCUCCCCUGAGCUCUCACAGCCUUCAGACUCGGACACACAGCAGGCAGCUCCCACCCAGUCCUGGCUUGAUGACCUCACUGAGCACCCCUUCCUGGACCAAGAUGCAGCUCCACCGAUGGCUGACGGUGACAGCCUGGGAGAUGAACACACCAUGCGAAACCUACCGGGUGAGACCGGGGAGAGGGGCGAGAUGGAGGGGGAGAUCGGGGAGACAAUCUGUACGGGUGAGAGCUGCCCUCCUCCAAGCUCGUCCGGCCGUGGUCCAACGGUGGCGGCCAUAACUGUGCUGGUGUGUGUGGUUGCCGCGGCGGUCAUCAUCGGGGUGUGGUGUUACAGACGGCAACAGCAGAAGAGCUCGAUGUACCAGAUGAAUGGGAAGGGCCAAAGUCAGACCAGACAGGGCCAACAGAUGGAAAUGCAGCAAAAAGUGUAAAAGUAAUAGGAAAGAGGGGACAGAGACAUUUAGGAGGGACGGGAAGAUUCAGAUGAUUUUAAGAGGAAAGCACAGCCCCUCAUCUUGCUGGAGAAUACUUCGUAAGUGAAGAUUUUGGCUAGGUAUAACCAGAUUUGGAGAGUCAACACUUACCUAAGGGAUGCAGAAAAUUCUAAGACAGUGAUGAUUAACAUCAAGAAACCUGAGUGAAACAAUUUGCAAUUGCCCGUCUUUGUUAUACCCACCUAUUAUUUUCAAAGCUCUGAUGUCUAGCUGGACAGGUGGAGGGGCUGUGUCUGAACUGGACUCUACUCCAGUAAGAGAAAAAAAGGGAUUUUAAGGAAAUGACCAAGUAGGAAAACCACGAGAAGAAGGCAUGUCUGUCUGCAUGAAUACAUGAACUGAGACUUCAACCUCCGAAACUCUUGGACAGUAUGGUAAAGACUUCCCGUGUCACGUUGCUGUUUUGUUGACUGCUUGUUGAUUUCGCUGUGUCGUUCUGAUCCUCAAUCUUUUCUGUGUGUCUGAGUUACGUGUUGAUGAAAAUACCGUAUUCCACUAGUGGAUCCCUGGCGAGAACAUUGAACUUCAGAGCAUUUCUGAUUCUUGCAGCAGAUUUGGGCUGAAUUUAACGACCGGGCUUGUUUCAAACCAGCUUAAAAAAACAUACUAUCAGACCAGAAAGGACCGUUGGAUAAGCUGCACACUGGGAAAAGGUGUGCGAAAGCAGGACGACAGGUGAAACAUUUGAAGAUCUUCCCGCCCCUGUUGGUUUUGACGGUCAGCUGGCAAGAGAUGUAGAGCGAGUGUCCGUCCAGACUGCAGACUCAGCCCUUUUCUGUGUUUUCCGAGUGUGUGUGUGUGUGUGUGUGUGCUUGCGUGUGUCUCAGGUCAGUGCAAUCCACCGAUCAGCGGGGUGUUGUGUUUGCUGUCGGCACUCAGCGGACAUCAAACAUUCCGGUGCUGCCAUGGCAACGGAGGUAAAAGUCAUAUUGCAACCCUCAGUGUUAUAGUUGUAACUUAAAGGUGCAAUAUGUAAUUUUGUUUAAAACAUUCAAAGGUAAAUGAAAAUAGUCAACAGAAUGUGAAGAAACAACAGUGUUGGUGCUACGUCACAGACAUCUAUGUCUGCGUAAGUUAGCAUGCUAACAAGCUAGUCUGUCCUGCCUUGUAAUACCACUCUGUACCUCAGGAGGCGAUAGUCAGAUAGUAUGGCCUUCCAUAAUUUAGACUGAGAGAUGUAAGCGGCGAGCUAGCUACUCGGCUUCAAGCCUCUCCUGUCCUCACCUGCCAUGUCAUUGCUGCCCAGGAGUCAGUCCUGGUUGGAGCCGCCGUAAAUCACCUCCAUACUGUAUCUCCUGUCAGGGCAGACUCGAGUCAGCUUAUGGCACUAGUAGCUAACGGAGCUAAGUAGCUGAGGGGCAGCUAGCAGCCGGAGCCGUUUGCCUUUUUUUAUACAGAGAUUGCGCAAUGGUGCCGCAAUGAACAAAACAACACAAGGGUAAGGCCACCCCAGUUUGAGAUAUUAGAUGGCACGCACGCAAUCUGGAAGUAAAAGAAGCGAGACAUGUAGCACAACAGCGUCUAUUGUGACGUACAGCAUAGGCGUCAGGUAGUGAUUUUAAACUACGGCAAUGGCACAACAUGGCAAAAACAAUUAUUUGCUGUCUCUGGAAUGUGUAACAAGGAGCUCCCACCUUGAGCAGGCUGUUUAAAAGGGGCUGAAGAUAGCAGCAGUAACGUGUUGUCCUUGGACAAGUGGGCAAAUUCUUACAUAUUGCACCUUUAAAGGCUCAAUAGUAAUAAGGGUAAGGGUCUUCAAUAUAAACAAUAAUUAGAUUUCUAAAUAUAAUGUAGAGAUGGGUAAGCCAAAUUAGGGCUGGACCACAUAGCUUUAAAUGUAUAUUAUGAGAAAUUUUGACAUUCAGCUUUGUAAUGAUAAUAUAAUGCUAAAUAAUAUCAAAUGUUCUUAUUUGUGCUCUGCUGUUUGGUUUUAUAAAUCACAAUAUGAUAAGUUAAAUAGGUGUAUCUGGACUGGAGCAGGGAAAGAUUUGUUAUUUUAAUGUCUAAUUAGGUAUUGAUUGUUGUAUUAUUUUUAAGUGUUUGUGAAUUCAAACUAUUUGCUCAUCAAACGCAAUGUAACUCAAUUUAGCCUGGUCAGAAAUUCAUAUAUAUAUUUAGUUUAUUGUCCAGUCCUGGUUUAAACAAAUGAAGGAUUUUUGCAGUUCACUACAGCUCUGAAUGGUUCUGUGAUAUUUACACUCUUGAUGUUUCCGUACUGUGCCGAAUACUUGAGCAAAGUCAAAUGUUAAAAUAAAAAAAAAGCUCACAAAAAAAAAAAAUGUAAAUAAAUUUAGAUAGCUAUAAAAGGGUUUGAAACUUAGAUAUUAGAGUUUGUAAUUCUGGUGAUGUGAAGAGAUAACGUAACGGCAAUAACUCAAAUAGAAAGUGCUUCACUUGAUGACAAAAGUCAGUGGCAGUCAGUCAUCUGUCAUGAACAUUUGUUAAAUAUGCGUCUGUCUAAUAUACAUGUCUUUUUUCUGAUUUGGUUGAGUUUGUCCAUUGUUUGUUAAUUUCCAUAUUGUGCUGUCUGAACCUGCAUUGACCUAACGUGGUGUGAGAAUGGGGAAUAAAGUACCUGUUGUCUAUAUGUUCCUGUAAAUAUGAACUGUAAUUACAUGCUCUUAACAUUGCCGGUGUGAGGGAAAUAAAUCAAAUAAAUGACGUCAAGCACAGUUGACGGUAGACCUUACCUCUUCUUGUCAGCUCAUCUCCACUGCCUCUCAAUUCACCCACUGUUAGACUCUCAUCUUAAACCUGAGAACCGUAAUAUAAUAAAUCAAGACCACAAUGUAGAUUUACGCAGCAGGUUUCACACGAUUCAUGCCUGAAGGCUGACGAGAACCAUCAGAAAUGUUACAGUAUCGAGAUCGCCUGAGUUAUGCGACGAAUACUGUUAAAAUGUAGGGGAAACAAAGGGAAAGACAUUACUGACUUCCAUUCACAAGUUUCUAUUAUUCCUCCAUGUCUCUUUCUUCUUCAUCUCAAAUAGCCUGACGUGUGAGAUGUCGGGAUGAAACGUGUACUGUA